AUGACGGAUGUUUGUAAUGAAAUUGAGAAAGAAAGUUGUGGUGAUCCUGGUACACCCUUAUAUGGAAUUAGAGAAGGAGAUGGCUUUUCUAAUCGUGAUGUUUUAAGAUUUGAAUGCCAGUUUGGAUUUGAAUUAAUUGGAGAGAAAUCCAUUGUUUGUCAAGAGAAUAACCAAUGGUCUGCAAACAUACCCAUCUGUAUCUUUCCUUGCCUCUCUAACUUUACUGCACCAAUGGGAACAGUUCUUUCCCCUGACUACCCAGAAGGGUAUGGAAAUAAUUUAAAUUGCAUCUGGACAAUCAUCUCUGAUCCAGGAAGCCGGAUCCACCUUUCUUUCAAUGACUUUGAUCUGGAAUCCCAAUUUGAUUUCCUUGCUGUUAAAGAUGGUGACUCUCCAGAUUCUCCUAUUCUUGGAACCUUCACUGGGGCUGAGGUGCCUUCUCACCUUACAAGUAAUAGCCAUAUACUGCGAUUAGAAUUUCAAGCUGAUCACUCAAUGUCAGGACGUGGCUUUAACAUCACUUACAACACUUUUGGCCAUAAUGAAUGUCCUGACCCUGGAAUACCUAUCAAUGCUCGGCGUUUUGGAGACAACUUUCAGUUAGGAAGUUCCAUUUCAGUUAUUUGUGAAGAAGGGUUUAUUAAAACCCAGGGAACAGAAACAAUUACAUGCAUUCUUAUGGAUGGAAAAGUAAUGUGGAGUGGACCCAUUCCAAGAUGUGGAGCUCCGUGUGGUGGCCACUUUUCAGCUCCAAGUGGAGUGAUUCUCUCACCAGGAUGGCCAGGAUACUACAAAGACUCUUUGAACUGUGAGUGGGUGAUUGAAGCUGAACCUGGACACUCAAUCAAAAUUACAUUUGAAAGAUUUCAGACUGAGCUAAACUAUGAUGUUCUGGAAGUUCACGAUGGGCCAAAUCUUUUGUCACCAUUGCUUGGAUCUUACAAUGGUACUCAAGUGCCCCAGUUUCUGUUCAGCAGCAGCAACUUUAUAUACCUCCUGUUUACCACAGACAACAGUCGUUCCAACAAUGGAUUUAAGAUUCAUUAUGAAAGUGUUACAGUGAAUACAUACUCUUGUUUGGACCCUGGCAUCCCUGUCCAUGGGCGGCGAUAUGGCCAUGAUUUCUCCAUUGGGUCAACUGUUUCAUUUAGUUGUGAUCCAGGAUAUAGACUGAGCCAUGAAGAGCCCCUUCUUUGUGAAAAGAACCAUUGGUGGAGUCAUCCUCUGCCAACCUGUGAUGCAUUAUGUGGAGGAGAUGUCAGAGGGCCUAGUGGAACAAUCCUAUCACCUGGUUACCCAGAAUUUUAUCCAAAUUCUCUCAAUUGUACGUGGACUGUUGAUGUAACCCAUGGAAAAGGUGUGCAGUUCAACUUCCACACGUUUCAUUUGGAAGACCAUCAUGACUACUUACUGAUCACAGAAAAUGGUAGUUUUAUGCAGCCUCUGGCAAGGCUGACUGGCUCAGAGCUUCCUUCCACAAUCAAUGCUGGCCUCUACGGAAACUUCAGAGCUCAGCUGCGCUUCAUUUCCGAUUUUUCAAUAUCAUACGAAGGAUUCAAUAUCACGUUCUCCGAAUAUAACCUUGAGCCUUGUGAAGAUCCUGGAAUUCCUCAGUACGGUAGCCGUGUAGGUUUCCACUUUGGAGUUGGGGAUACUCUGACCUUCUCAUGCUCAUUGGGUUACCGACUGGAAGGUUCAUCAGAAAUCAUCUGUCUUGGCGGUGGACGACGAGUGUGGAGUGCACCUCUGCCAAGGUGUGUGGCUGAAUGUGGUGCAUCUGCAACAAAUAACGAAGGAAUUUUGCUUUCUCCAAAUUACCCACUGAACUAUGAAAACAACCAUGAAUGCAUUUACAGCAUUCAGGUUCAAGCAGGAAAGGGAAUCAAUAUUUCAGCCAGAACAUUUCAUUUAGCACAAGGAGAUGUUCUUAAGAUUUAUGAUGGAAAAGAUAAAACGACACACCUGCUAGGUGCUUUCACGGGUGCAUCUAUGAGAGGAUUGACACUCAGCAGUACUUCAAACCAGCUCUGGCUAGAAUUUAAUUCUGAUUCAGAAGGGACAGAUGAAGGCUUUCAACUUGUCUAUACCAGUUUUGAACUUUCACAUUGUGAAGACCCUGGUAUUCCACAGUUUGGAUACAAGAUCAGUGACCAAGGCCACUUUGCUGGCAGCACAAUCAUUUAUGGCUGCAAUCCGGGCUAUACUCUCCAUGGAAGCAGCCUUCUCAAGUGCAUGACUGGAGAGAGAAGGGCUUGGGACUAUCCUCUGCCUUCCUGUAUUGCUGAAUGUGGAGGUCGUUUCAAAGGCGAGUCAUCAGGAAGAAUCUUAUCCCCUGGUUAUCCCUUUCCAUAUGAUAAUAAUCUACGCUGCAUGUGGAUGAUUGAGGUAGAUCCAGGAAACAUUGUCAGCCUGCAGUUUCUUGCUUUUGAUACAGAAGCAUCGCAUGACAUACUCCGAGUUUGGGAUGGUCCACCGGAAAACGAGAUGCUCUUAAAGGAAAUUAGUGGAUCUCUUAUUCCCGAAGGAAUUCAUAGUACUCUCAAUGUAGUAACUAUCCAGUUUGACACAGAUUUUUAUAUCAGCAAAUCUGGAUUUGCAAUUCAGUUUUCAAGUUCUGUGGCCACUGCAUGCCGUGAUCCUGGAGUCCCCAUGAAUGGAACGCGGAAUGGAGAUGGACGAGAACCUGGGGACACUGUUAUUUUUCAAUGUGAUCCUGGAUAUGAACUUCAAGGACUGGAAAGAAUAACCUGCAUUCAGGUAGAAAAUCGAUACUUCUGGCAGCCCAGCCCACCAGUCUGUAUAGCACCUUGUGGAGGCAAUUUAACAGGAUCUUCAGGCUUUAUCCUUUCGCCAAACUUCCCUCAUCCAUAUCCGCACAGCAGGGACUGUGACUGGAAGAUUGCAGUCAACACGGACUAUGUGAUCUCCUUGGCAUUUAUUAGUUUUAGCAUAGAACCAAACUAUGACUUCCUGUACAUAUAUGAUGGACCCGACAGUAAUAGCCCAUUGAUUGGAAGUUUUCAAGACAGCAAGUUGCCGGAAAGAAUAGAAAGCAGCUCAAACACCAUGCAUUUGGCUUUUCGGAGUGAUGGGUCUGUCAGUUACACUGGGUUUCAUUUAGAAUAUAAAGCAAAACUCCGGGAGUCCUGCUUUGACCCAGGCAAUAUAAUGAAUGGCACCAGACUUGGAAUGGAUUAUAAAUUGGGGUCAACUGUCACCUACUACUGUGAUGCUGGCUAUGUUCUCCAAGGUUAUUCGACACUUACUUGUAUCAUGGGAGAUGAUGGAAGACCUGGAUGGAAUAGAGCCCUACCAAGUUGUCAUGCACCCUGUGGAAGUCAUUCAACAGGUUCGGAUGGCACUGUACUAUCACCAAACUACCCCAAAAAUUACAGUGUGGAACAUAAUUGUGUUUACUCUAUAGCAGUUCCCAAGGAGUUUGUGGUAUUUGGCCAGUUUGUAUUUUUCCAGACAUCACUCCACGAUGUUGUUGAGGUGUUUGAUGGGCCAACUCAGCAGUCUCCUCUGUUAUCUUCCCUCUCGGGAUCCCAUUCAGGAGAAUCACUUCCACUGAGUUCAGGUAAUCAGAUCACAAUUCGAUUUACAUCAGUUGGACCAAUAACAGCUAAGGGAUUUCACUUUGUCUAUCAAGCUGUCCCUAGAACAAGUUCUACACAGUGCAGUUCUGUACCUGAACCAAGAUUUGGAAGAAGAAUUGGCAAUGAGUUUGCAGUUGGUUCACUGGUCCUUUUUGAAUGUAACCCAGGCUAUAUUCUUCAUGGCUCCAAAGCCAUUAGGUGUGAUACAGUGCCCAAUUCUUUGGCCCAGUGGAAUGAUUCCUUACCUACCUGUAUUGUGCCUUGUGGGGGAAUUUUAACCAAGCGUAAAGGGACUAUUUUGUCUCCUGGAUAUCCUGAGCCUUAUGACAACAAUUUGAAUUGUAUAUGGAAGAUCACAGUGCCGGAGGGAGCUGGUAUUCAAGUACAGGUUGUGAGCUUUGCUACAGAACAUAACUGGGAUUCUCUGGACUUUUAUGAUGGGGGAGACAACAAUGCUCCAAGACUUGGAAGUUAUUCAGGAACAACAAUACCCCACCUUUUGAACAGCACAUCCAAUAAUUUAUACCUGAAUUUUCAAUCAGACAUAAGUGUUUCUGCUGCAGGGUUUCAUCUUGAAUACACAGCAAUUGGUUUGGAUUCUUGCCCUGAGCCACAAACUCCUAGCAGUGGAAUUAAAGUUGGAGACAGAUACAUGGUUGGUGAUGUGGUGUCCUUCCAGUGUGAACAAGGCUAUUCUCUUCAGGGUCAUUCUCAUAUCACGUGUAUGCCUGGACCAGUAAGAAGAUGGAAUUACCCAAUACCUAUUUGUUUGGCGCUUUGUGGCGGGAACAUAACUGCAAUGAAUGGCACCAUUUAUUCUCCUGGGUAUCCCGAUGAAUAUCCCAACUUUCAAGACUGUUUCUGGCUUGUAAGAGUACCCCCUGGGAAUGGAAUCUACAUCAAUUUUACUGUCCUUCAAACAGAACCUAUCUAUGAUUUCAUUACUGUAUGGGAUGGACCUGAUCAAAACUCACCCCAGAUUGGUCAGUUCAGUGGCAACACUGCGUUGGAAUCAGUAUACAGCACUUCAAAUCAAGUUUUAAUCAAAUUCCACAGUGACUUCACAACAAGUGGCUUUUUUGUGCUCAGUUAUCAUGCCUACCAACUAAGGGUGUGCCAGCCUCCACCACCUGUACCUAAUGCUGAAAUUUUGACAGAAGAUGAUGAAUUUGAAAUAGGUGAUAUUAUCAGGUAUCAGUGUCUUCCAGGAUUUACACUGGUUGGGAAUGCAAUUCUGACAUGUAGAUUGGGAGAGCGACUGCAGAUGGAUGGGGCACCUCCAGUUUGUCAAGUGCUCUGUCCUGCCAAUGAAUUACGACUAGAUUCUACAGGAGUCAUACUGAGUCCUGGGUAUCCUGACAGUUACCCAAAUCUGCAGAUGUGUGCAUGGAGCAUUUCAGUGGAAAAGGGUUACAAUAUCAGCAUGUUCAUUGAAUUCUUCCAGACAGAAAAGGAGUUUGAUGUUCUUCAGGUGUAUGAUGGACCAAAUAUUCAGAGUCCAGUGCUUAUUUCCCUCAGUGGAGAUUAUUCAGCUGCUUUUAACAUAACAAGCAAUGGUCAUGAAGUAUUUCUUCAAUGGUCAGCAGAUCAUGGCAAUAACAAAAAAGGCUUCAGGAUAAGAUACAUUGCUUUCUACUGCAGUACACCAGAGUCCCCACCUCACGGGUACAUUAUUAGUCAGACAGGGGGGCAGCUGAACAGUGUGGUCCGUUGGGCCUGUGAUCGAGGAUUCCGACUUGUUGGGAAAAGCAGUGCAGUGUGUAGGAGGUCUUCCUAUGGCUAUCAUUCCUGGGAUGCACCGGUUCCUGCUUGCCAAGCAAUUUCCUGUGGAAUUCCUAAAGCUCCAACAAAUGGAGGGAUCCUUACAACAGACUACUUGGUAGGAACUCGAGUUACUUACUUUUGCAAUGAUGGAUAUAGACUGUCAUCCAAGGAACUUACCACGGCCAUAUGCCAAUCAGAUGGAACUUGGAGCAAUCAUAACAAGACACCUCGCUGUGUUGUUGUUACAUGUCCAAGCAUCAAUUCCUUUACCUUGGAACAUGGGAGAUGGAGAAUUGUGAAUGGAUCACAUUAUGAAUAUAAAACCAAGGUAGUUUUCAGCUGUGACCCUGGUUAUCAUGGACUAGGUCCUGCUUCUAUUGAAUGCCUUCCAAAUGGUACUUGGAGUUGGAGAAAUGAAAGGCCGUACUGCCAAAUCAUUUCCUGUGGAGAAUUACCUACACCUCCGAAUGGAAACAAGAUUGGAACUCAAACUUCCUAUGGCUCCACAGCCAUCUUCACAUGCGAUUCUGGAUUCAUGCUUGUGGGCUCUGCAGUAAGGGAAUGCCUUUCUUCUGGUCUGUGGAGUGGAUCAGAAACCAGAUGUCUAGCGGGUCACUGUGGAAUCCCAGAACUAAUUGUGAAUGGUCAAGUCAUUGGAGAAAAUUAUGGAUACAGAGACACAGUUGUAUAUCAGUGUAAUCCUGGUUUUCGGUUGAUUGGUUCUUCUGUGAGGAUAUGUCAACAGGAUCAUAAUUGGUCUGGUCAACUCCCAUCCUGUGUGCCUGUUAGCUGUGGUCACCCUGGUAGUCCAAUUUAUGGAAGAACAAGUGGAAACGGGUUCAACUUUAAUGAUGUGGUAACAUUCUCUUGCAAUGUUGGGUAUCUUAUGCAAGGGCCCACAAAGGCACAGUGUCAGGCCAACAGGCAGUGGAGUCACCCUCCACCUGUGUGCAAAGUGGUAAACUGUUCUGAUCCUGGAAUUCCAGCCAAUUCCAAAAGAGAAAGCAAAAUUGAGCAUGGAAAUUUCACCUAUGGCACUGUGGUGUUCUAUGACUGUAAUCCAGGAUAUUUUUUAUUUGGCUCUUCAGUUUUGAUAUGUCAGCCAAAUGGCCAAUGGGACAAACCUUUGCCAGAAUGUAUCAUGAUUGACUGUGGACACCCUGGAGUUCCUCCUAAUGCGGUCCUGUCUGGAGAGAAGUAUACUUUUGGGUCUACUGUUCACUAUUCCUGCACAGGGAAGCGUUCUCUUCUAGGACAGGCAUCCAGAACUUGCCAGUUAAAUGGACAUUGGAGCGGAUCACAACCUCAUUGUUCAGGGGACACUACUGGGACAUGUGGGGAUCCAGGUACUCCUGGUCAUGGCUCUAGACAAGAAAGUGAAUUCAGAACUAAAAGUAUUGUACGCUUUGCCUGUGACACUGGUUAUAUCCUUCAUGGCUCAGAAGAAAGAAUAUGUUUAUCCAAUGGCAGUUGGACUGGAAGGCAGCCAGAAUGCAAAGCUGUACAAUGUGGCAACCCAGGAACAACAGCCAAUGGGAAAGUCUUUCGAAUUGAUGGCACAACAUUUUCCAGUUCUGUUGUCUAUUCCUGCGUGGAUGGCUACAUCCUUUCUGGACCCUCUGUUAGACAAUGCACAGCCAAUGGAACAUGGUCUGGAACUUUACCCAACUGUACAAUCAUCAGUUGUGGAGACCCAGGUAUACCAGCCAAUGGACUGAGAUACGGAGAGGAUUUUGUGGUUGGACAAAAUGUUUCUUACAUGUGCCAGCCAGGCUAUACCAUGGAGUUGAAUGGUUCUAGAGUCAGGACGUGUACAACUAAUGGCACGUGGAAUGGAAUGAUGCCAACGUGUAGAGCUGUUACCUGCCCAGCUCCUCCCCAGAUCUCUAAUGGAAGGCUGGAAGGAACAAAUUUCGAUUGGGGCUUUAGUAUUAGCUACAUCUGUUCUCCGGGGUAUGAGCUAUCCUUUCCUGCUGUUUUGACCUGUGUAGGCAACGGAACCUGGAGUGGUGAAGUACCACAGUGCUUACCAAAGUUUUGUGGUGACCCUGGUAUACCUUCCCACGGAAAACGAGAAGGCAAAAGCUUUAUAUAUCAGUCCGAGGUUUCGUUCAGCUGCAGUUCUCCUUUCAUCUUAGUGGGAUCAAGCACCAGGUUGUGCCAAGCUGAUGGCACUUGGAGUGGUUCCUCUCCUCACUGCAUAGAACCCACUCGGACCUCCUGUGAAAACCCUGGUGUACCAAGGCAUGGAUCUCAGAACAAUACAUUUGGAUUUCAAGUAGGUACUAUUUCUCACAGCUGUAAGCAGCCAGAAAGUCCUGCUCAUGCAAACGUGGUAGGAAUGGACCUUCCUUCCCACGGGUACACACUCAUUUACACCUGCCAGCCUGGCUUCUUCUUAGCAGGGGGAACAGAACAUAGAGUGUGUAGAUCUGAUAACACCUGGACCGGAAAGAUUCCUGUUUGUGAAGCUGGUUCCAAAAUAUUGGUGAAAGAUCCACGACCUGCAUUAGGAACACCCAGUCCAAAGCUAAGUGUUCCUGAUGAUGUAUUUGCCCAGAAUUACAUAUGGAAAGGUUCUUAUAAUUUUAAAGGAAGGAAACAACCCAUGACCUUGACAGUGACUAGCUUCAAUGCUUCCACCGGGAGGGUCAACGCCACGCUGACCAACAGUGAUAUGGAGCUUCUGCUCUCAGGAGUCUAUAAAAGCCAGGAAGCUCGCCUAAUGUUACACAUAUAUCUUAUUAAAGUACCAGCUCAUGCUUCUGUGAAGAAAAUGAAGGAGGAAAAUUGGGCCAUGGAUGGCUUUGUUUCUGCUGAGCCUGAUGGAGCUACUUAUGUAUUUCAAGGAUUUAUUAAAGGCAAAGAUUAUGGGCAAUUUGGACUACAAAGACUAGGACUGAAUACAUCAGAAGGUUCAAAUUCUUCGAAUCAACCUCAUGGAACAAAUAGUAGUUCGGUGGCCAUUGCAAUUCUUGUGCCUUUUUUUGCACUUAUAUUUGCAGGAUUUGGAUUUUAUCUUUAUAAACAAAGGACUGCACCCAAAACACAGUACACAGGAUGUUCAGUUCAUGAAAAUAAUAAUGGUCAAGCAGCAUUUGAAAACCCCAUGUACGACACCAAUGCUAAAUCUGUGGAGGGGAAGGCAGUACGAUUUGACCCCAACUUGAACACGGUUUGCACAAUGGUAUAACAGGGAAAAUCUUUGCCUGCAUCAGAAUCCUGAGAAUCGACACACUUAACAGUGCACUUUGAGUUCACUGCUAAACAAAGCACACUUUUCAGGACU